AUGGCUACAUCGACGCAGCAGCAGAUUGAAUUUCUUUCCGGGCUCGGACUGAACUCGCAGCAAAUUACGAGCAUUCAGGGUCGCGGAGGAGCAUCCGGGCAAUUCGCCGAGCAUGUACUCACUGCGAUUUAUCCCACUGCCGUGGAGAGUCCCGAAACACCAGCAUACGAUGAGGCAGUGAAGGGGAACUGGUCAGCGUUGGCCCGAAAGCGCCCUUCGAUUGUCUUUCGUCCCUCGUCGGCUGAGGAGGUCGCCAAAGCUGUGGUUAUCCUCGAGUUCUCCGAUCAGAAAUUUGCUAUCCGAGGAGGCGGCCACUCCCCGAAUCCGGGAUGGGCCAGUAUCGAGCAAGGCGUCCUCAUCUCCACUGACCGGUUGAAUGGUCUUCAAUAUGACGAGUCCUCCAAGAUUGCUCGCAUCGGUGCUGGAAAUCGGUGGGGAAUGGUUUAUAGUUAUCUGGAGCCGUAUGGGGUCCUCGUCACUGGCGGCCAUUCGUCGCCUGUUGGCUGCGUAGGCCAGAUCACGGGCUGCGGAAACUCACCCUGGUUCCACAAAUACGGCUGGUCCUGCGAGAAUGUUGUGAACUUCGAGGUUGUCACAACGGGCGGAAAGAUUAUCAACGCCAAUAAGGACGAGAACGAAGACCUGUGGUGGGCACUCAAGGGCGGCUCAAACAACUUCGGCAUCGUCACCCGCCUGGAUAUGUCGACCUUCCCAGUCUCGAACGGGGUCUGGGGUGGAAUCAUCAUGCAUGACUGGAGCACGGAUACGCAGCGCAAGUGGGCUGAAGCUUACUACAAAUUCCAGACGGAGAACCUGCUGGAAGACUCUGGUGUCGAGUCCCUCACAGGCUGGAGCAUGACUGGGGGUCACAAGUACCUCCAGAGUGUGCUUUCGGCGGAUAGACAAAUCUCCGAGAAAUCUCACCCAACGGCUUUUGACUGCUUCUUCGACCUGAACCCAACGUCGAUCCUGACCAGGAACUGCACGCCUUUCCAGCUGGCCUAUCAUGAUGAUCCAGAUGCAGCUGCAGCAAGUGGAGGGCAAAAUAUAUACUUCUCUGAGAGCACGCGGUCUUCGAUGCUUUGCUUGACUGUCAAGGCGAACCUGGAGUUUUAUUAUGAAGCCGUUGAUAUAUUCUACGAUUCGUUCAAAGAUUCUGCCCAAGCCACCGACGCAUCUGCCACCUUGAACAUGUCAGCCAUCUCGGGCAGAACCAUGCGCGAAUCAAACCAGCGUGGCGGGACCCCUCCUGGCUGGGCCGAGGAAGACCAAUCCAUCGUCUUUCUCGACAACGCAUGGCUGCAUGAGAAAGACACUGAGUACAUCCUGAAUGCUGGAAAGCAGUGCAUCACUCGGCUUAGAGAAGCCGCACAGGCUCGUGGCGUAUUGAUGCCUCAGAUUUGGAUGAACAAUGCGGCAUCAGACGACGACGUCAUUGCGAGCUACGGGACAGAGAACUGGACCAAAUUGCGAGAUAUAUCGGUCAAGUACGACCCCAAGAGAACCUUCCAGCGCCUUUGCGCUGGGGGCUACAAGAUUGAAAAGAGCUGA